AGAGGAAAAGGGGAAGAGCAGCUCGGUGAGGUCGUACACCGGAGGGGCAGCGUGGGAGAGUCUUCCCUUCACGUCCCCAUCUUUUCCUCCCGGUUUCCCCCGCCACAGGGCAGACGAGGCUGGAGAGGAAAGAAGGGGAACCCCUGGGCAGGCAGCAGCCCCUCCGAGGCGGGUCCCCGAGGCAGUGCCUGCUCGGAGAGAGGAGAGGCUGGGGAGCAUCUCCGAGCCGGGGCUGACUCUCCAGGAGCGAGGGAAGGGACACCAAGAGAGGAGAAAGCUCUCUGCUAUACACCCUUCCCCAGAUUUCAAGGGGUAGGGUGGAAAGAAAACAAGAGGACCUAAGCUGGGACCUCCCAGAGGGAGCGACUGAAAAGCAGCCAAAGCAGCCGUCGGAGGGGGGGAGCGACAUCCCAAGGAGAGUCCCCCUCCUCCGCUUCCCGGAGCCGCUGCGUGCCCGCCGCCGCCUCCGCAGGAUGUGGGUGCCGCUGCUGCUGCUGCUGCCGGAGCUGCUCCCCGCCGUGCCGGCCCAGAAGCUCUCCGCCCUCACGUUUUUGAGAGUGGACCAAGACAAAGACAGAGAAUGCAGCCUGGACUGUGCAGGUUCCCCUCAGAAAUCGCUCUGUGCAUCUGAUGGAAGAACUUUUCUAUCCCGAUGUGAAUUUCAGCGAGCAAAAUGUAAAGAUCCUCAGCUGGAAAUAGCCUAUCGGGGCAACUGCAAAGAUAUUUCCAGAUGUGUGGCUGAGAGGAAGUACACCCAGGAACAAGCUCGCAAGGAAUUUCAACAAGUGUUUAUCCCAGAAUGCAAUGAUGAUGGCACAUACAGUCAGGUGCAGUGCCAUAGUUACACUGGAUACUGCUGGUGUGUCACUCCCAAUGGUCGUCCUAUCAGUGGUACAGCUGUGGCCCACAAAACUCCACGGUGUCCAGGUUCAGUGAGUGAAAAGCUGCCACAACGAGAAGGUGCGGGAAAAACAGUCUCCUUGCAAAUCUUUUCCAUUCUGAAUUCAGAUGAUGCCUCAGCUCCUGCGCUGGAGACUCAGCCUCAAGGUGAUGAAGAAGAUAUAGCCUCUCGUUAUCCUACCUUAUGGACUGAGCAAGUAAAGAGUAGACAAAACAAAACCAAUAAAAACUCAGCAUCAUCAUGUGAUCAAGAACUUCAGUCAGCCCUGGAGGAAGCUAAACAGCCCCAGAAAGACAAUGUGUUCAUUCCCGAGUGUGCUCAGGGUGGCCUCUACAAACCAGUACAGUGCCAUCCUUCCACAGGGUACUGUUGGUGUGUUUUAGUGGAUACGGGACGUCCCAUUCCUGGUACAUCAACAAGGUAUGAGCAACCGAAGUGUGAUAACGGUGCCAGAGCUCACCCAACCAAAACAAAGGAUUUGUACAAAGGACGCCAGCUUCAAGGUUGUCCUGGGGCCAAGAAGAAUGAGUUCCUGACUAGUGUUUUGGAUGCAUUAUCCACGGAUAUGGUGCACGCUGUCUCUGAUCCAUCAUUGUCUUCUAGCCGGGUUUCAGAGCCUGAUCCAAAUCAUACUCUGGAAGAGAGAGUGGUCCAUUGGUAUUUCAAACAGCUAGAUAAAAAUUCCAGUGGUGACAUUGGCAAAAAAGAAAUCAAGCCGUUUAAGAGAUUCCUAAGAAAGAAAUCAAAACCGAAAAAAUGUGUGAAGAAGUUUGUGGAAUACUGUGAUGUGAACAACGAUAAGUCCUUAUCAGUCCAGGAAUUAAUGGGCUGCCUGGGAGUAACAAAAGAAGAAGGUAAAGCAGAAACAAAGAAACGCCAUACCCCUAAAACCAACACUGAGAGCACUUCAUCCAACAGGCAGCAAGCUUCUAAGAAGCAAGGGUGAACAGCUUACUGAUCCAAGGCUAAUCUCUAAAAUAUGGGAGAUUUCUUCACCAAAAGGCAAUAAAAACAACUGUAGUAUUUGCACUUUGUACUUAAAAAUGUAAAUUCACUUUGUAGAAAUGAAAUAUUUAAGCAGACUUUUUUUAAAUCUGUGAAAAUGUAAUGGCUAGUUUUGAAAAAUUAUCACAUACAAUGUAUGUGUAUUCUUUUGUUGUCUGAAAUAUGUAAAACGUGUUGGAGAUGUAAAAGUUCGCAUUUAAACCAUUUUUUAAAAAAUAGCCUUUUGGCAAACAGUAGCAUAGAAACCUGAUUCCAUGUAUUUUGGUUUCAAUAGUAUGCCUUGUUUUUCUUAACCAAUACUGUCAUUUAAGUAGAGUUACGCUGAAAAGUCUACUGUAUUCUCACUUUUGACCAGGCAAUGUUGGAUGUUUCAGGUUUGCAGGACUGAAGGAAGUGUGUAAAUUGCUGUUGACUUGUCCUUGCAGUUUUUAACUGAAGAGAUUUUUCAUUUUUGGCAAUAUUUUAUUUCAUUUUGAUUUUAUUAUUCUUAUUAUGCUUUCCAAAGAUCGUGCAAUGAGAAUGCAACCACUAAUGGAUUGAAAAUUGUUAUUCUACAGUUAGGAUACUUCUAGAUGAAUGUACCCUUUUAUCCAUUUUUGAGGUGCCUUCCAUUGCAAGUGUGAGUAGGAUUUUUUCCCCUGUUUUCACUCUGGUUAUUAAUACAGCAAACCAAGAAGGAUUAAAGUGGAUUUCACUGUCACUCCAGUCUGGUUCAGCCUGGGCCCAAAAAUGUGUUUCUGUGGUCAGUGCAAAGCAGCAUCAGAGUAUAUAUGAGUUAGAAUUGUAAAUCGAACUGUGAGGAGACGGGGAAGAUAAACAGGUUGUUCACCCUUUUCUUCCUCUACACCUGGAUGUCCCCUUCAACUCUUUGGUUUGCCUCAGGGCCCACUGGAGGUGAAGCUAAGCAAAUCAUGAACAGUUGCCAUCAGGAGAGGCUAUUCAUAUCAUGCCUGCCUGAGGCUUUUUCCUUGCUGUCUGAAAGAAGUUGGUACAAUUUUUCAUACCUUCUGUGCCAUUUCCUCCCCCCCCCCCCUUUUUUUAUUUAUAUAUGUGUGCCUGAAGGGAAUAAAAACUUGCGGAUGUGAAUUUAUAGCGGGGGACCCAAGUGAAAAAGUUCAGCUCCUGAAUAACUGUGACUAACAAGCAGCUACGUUGAUUGAUGCAGUGGUGGAUGGACUGCUGGCAUCUAAGAGUUGAUAUGAAAACGCAAGAAUGUUGUAACAAGCAGUGAUUUCAUUCUGGUUCACUUCAAUAAUGUGUGGGAUCCAACAUAUGACUAGCUAAUCGUAAUAGCACCCUGCCUUUAGCUUGUGUGUGGAAAGCUUUUUUGCAAUUUUUUUUAUUUCAAUUCAACAUAUACUGAAGUGAUGGAAACACUGUAUGCAGUGGAAUUGUACCCCAGAAAUUGUGUACUCUAAACUUUGGCAGCAGGAGGAACCAAGAUGCAACUGUUAUCUUGUGGUUUUGUUUUAAAAAGUAUUUGUUAUUCUUUUAUACUGUUAAACUUUGAAUUUAAUCUUCUUUAUAGAUUAA